UUCCGGAACAUAGCGCUGGGAGCUCACCUUCCAGGAUAGUAAGCUUCUAGCCAUGACGACUGACAUCUCGGUAGUACGAUGGGAUCCCAGCCAGGGACCUGGGCAAGAAUACAUUGACGAAUUCGAAUACGACGGAGGAAACUCCAGUUCACGCCUUUUCGAACGUUCCCGAAUCAAAGCUUUAGCGGAGGAACGAGAGAGCGUGCAGAAAAAGACAUUCACAAAAUGGGUUAACUCGCAUCUGGUUCGAGUCAACAGCCGAAUAGCCGAUCUUUACGUCGAUAUGCGCGACGGCAAGAACCUAAUCAAACUGUUGGAAGUAUUAUCCGGCGAACGGCUGCCUCGACCGACCAAAGGAAAAAUGCGUAUCCACUGCCUCGAGAAUGUCGAUAAGGCAUUGCAGUUUCUGCGCGAUCAAAGGGUUCACCUGGAAAACAUCGGUUCACACGACAUCGUUGAUGGCAAUGCCAGUCUCAACUUGGGUCUGAUAUGGACCAUAAUUCUGCGAUUCCAGAUCCAAGAUAUCACCAUCGAGGAAACGGACAACAAAGAGACAAAAUCGGCAAAGGAUGCACUUCUCCUGUGGUGUCAAAUGAAAACCGCUGGUUAUCACAACGUCAACGUGCGGAAUUUCACCACAUCUUGGAGGGAUGGUUUGGCAUUCAAUGCAAUUAUCCACAAACAUCGACCUGAUCUCAUUCAGUUCGAUAAACUGACGAAGAAUAAUCCUAUUCAAAACCUUAACAACGCAUUCAAUGUUGCCGAGGAAAAACUCGGCCUCACUAAGCUUCUAGAUGCAGAAGACGUUUUCGUUGAACAUCCAGAUGAAAAAUCUAUCAUAACUUAUGUCGUAACCUACUACCAUUACUUCAGUAAGUUGAAGCAAGAAACAGUGCAAGGAAAACGUAUUGGCAAAGUAGUUGGUAUCGCUAUGGACAACGAUCGCAUGAUCAACGAGUACGAAUCGUUGACCAGUGAACUGCUGAAAUGGAUUGAAGUGACAAUCGUUCAAUUGGGUGAUCGACAAUUUGCCAAUUCGCUCUUCGGUGUUCAACAACAGCUGGCACAAUUUUCUAACUACCGCACAGUAGAAAAACCCCCGAAGUUCGUCGAAAAGGGUAAUCUGGAAGUACUUCUCUUUACCUUACAAUCGAAAAUGAGAGCCAACAAUCAGAAACCGUACACACCGAAGGAAGGUAAGAUGAUUUCCGACAUCAAUAAGGCAUGGGAACGAUUGGAGAAGGCUGAACACGAACGGGAACUAGCUCUUCGUGAAGAACUGAUUCGACAGGAGAAGCUCGAACAAUUAGCCGCUCGUUUCAACCGUAAGGCAACCAUGAGAGAAACUUGGUUGUCGGAAAAUCAGCGUCUCGUUAGUACGGAUAACUUUGGAUUCGAUUUGGCUGCGGUAGAAGCUGCUGCUAAGAAACAUGAAGCCAUUGAAACCGACAUCUUUGCUUAUGAAGAGCGUGUCCAGGCUGUAGUCGCCGUGUGCAAUGAGCUAGAUGCAGAAAAGUACCACGAUAUUGAACGCAUCGCAGCUCGUAAAGAAAACGUAUUGCGGUUGUGGAAUUACCUUCUCGAGCUUUUGAGAGCUAGAAGAAUGAGGCUUGAAUUCUCCAUUCAACUCCAACAGAACUUCCAGGAAAUGAUCUACAUUUUGGACUCCAUGGAAGAAAUCAAGCAGCGUUUACUUACUGAUGACUAUGGUAAACAUUUGAUGGGCGUGGAAGAUCUAUUGCAGAAACAUUCGCUGGUUGAAGCUGACAUUAAUGUGCUUGGAGAACGUGUUAAGCAGGUUGUCCAAAAUUCUCAGAAAUUCCUUGGCGACGAAGAAGGCGGCUAUAAACCAUGUGAUCCCGCUAUCAUUGUUGAUCGCGUUCAGCGUUUGGAGGAUGCUUAUGCUGAAUUGUGCAAAUUGGCUGUUGAGCGACGUUCUCGUUUGGAAGAAAGCCGUAAAUUGUGGCAGUUCUAUUGGGAUAUGGCUGAUGAAGAGAAUUGGAUCAAAGAAAAGGAACAGAUUGUUUCUACUGAUGAAAUUGGUCACGAUUUGACGACAGUAAAUCUUCUGCUGUCAAAACACAAGGCAUUGGAAAAAGAAAUCAAUUCCCACGAACAACAGUUAAUGGCAGUAAGCACCGUUGGAGAUGAACUCGUUCGUCAAGGACACUUCGGUGCUGACCGUAUUAAUGAGCGUUUGAAGGAGAUUCUGGCAAUGUGGAACAAUUUGCUCGAUCUUACGGUUUCACGUCGUAAACGUUUAGAAAAUGCCGUUGACUACUUCCAAUUAUUUGCUGAUGCAGAUGAUAUCGAUAAUUGGAUGUUGGAUGCACUACGUUUGGUGUCCUCUGAAGACGUUGGUAGAGAUGAAGCUAACGUUCAGAGUUUAUUGAAGAAACAUAAGGAUGUAGCUGACGAACUUAAGAACUACGCUGAAAAUAUUGAACAACUGCAUGCUCAGGCAAAUAACUUGACUCUAACCGAACCAGAAACUCAAAAAGUUCAGGAACGCUUGGCUGCAAUUGAUGCACGAUACAAGGAACUUAUUGAGUUGGCCAAACUACGCAAACAGCGUUUGUUGGAUGCUCUCAGUCUGUAUAAACUUAUUUCCGAGAGUGAUGGUGUCGAACAAUGGAUUAACGAAAAGGAACGUAUGUUGCAGACUAUGGUUCCAGGAAAGGACAUCGAAGAUGUUGAAAUCAUGAAGCACCGUUACGAUGGUUUUGAUAAGGAGAUGAAUGCUAAUGCUUCGCGUGUUGCAGUGGUCAAUCAGUUGGCUCGUCAGCUGAUUCAUGUUGAACACCCCAACACAGAAGAGAUUACUGAAAAACAGAACCACUUGAAUCAAAGAUGGUCUCGGCUGCGCGAACAGGCCGAAGGCAAACGCGAUGACCUGAAAUCAGCCCACGGUGUUCAGACGUUCUACAUAGAAUGCCGUGAAACUAUUUCCUGGAUCGAAGACAAGAAACGUAUCCUUACCGAUACCGAUAAUUUGGAAAUGGAUCUUACCGGUGUUAUGACUUUGCAACGUCGUUUGAGUGGAAUGGAUCGUGACAUAGCGGCCAUUCAGGCUAAACUGACUGCACUGGAAAGUGAAGCAGAUGCCAUUGAAGGUGAGCAUCCGGAAGAGGCAGCUUUGAUUCGUGAACGUGUUGGUCAGAUUCAAGUCAUUUGGGAACAACUGACUCAGAUGCUGAAAGAACGUGAUUCCAAAUUGGAAGAAGCUGGAGAUCUUCAUCGGUUCUUGCGGGAUUUAGAUCAUUUCCAAGCAUGGUUGACCAAGACACAAACAGACGUUGCUUCGGAAGACACCCCCACAUCGCUACCGGAAGCAGAAAAACUUCUGAAUCAACACCAGAGUAUCCGCGAAGAAAUCGACAACUAUACCGAGGAUUACACUAAGAUGAUGGAAUAUGGCGAAGGUUUAACUUCGGAGCCAACACAAAUCGAGGAUCCUCAGUAUAUGUUCUUGCGAGAACGUUUGCGGGCCCUUAAGGAUGGCUGGGAAGAGUUGCAUCAAAUGUGGGAGAACCGUCAAGUUCUGUUAUCGCAAAGCUUGGAUCAGCAGCUUUUUAAUCGUGAUGCUCGCCAGGCGGAAGUGCUGCUAAGUCAGCAAGAACACGUACUCAGCAAGGAUGACACUCCGGUCAACUUGGAGCAAGCGGAGAACCAACUCAAGCGUCACGAAGCCUUCCUUACGACAAUGGAAGCUAAUGAUGAGAAAAUCAAUACGAUUGUGCAAGUCGCUGAUCAAUUGGCUGAAAAACAGCACUUCGAUUCAGAUAAAAUCGGUAAGCGCGCAGAAAGCAUUGCACAUCGCCGUGACGACAAUCGUAACCGUGCAGUUGAAUUGCAUGAAAAAUUGAAGAACCAGGUGAAAUUACACGAGUUCUUGCAAGACAUUGAAGAACUGACAGAAUGGGUUCAAGAAAAGUACAUUACAGCUCAGGAUGAUACCUACCGUAGCGCCAAAACGGUCCACAGCAAAUGGACUCGUCACCAGGCUUUCGAAGCUGAAAUUGCUGCCAACAAAGAACGUCUUCAUGAAGCGCAAAAGGCUGCCCAAGAACUAAUGGUUGAAAAGCCAGAAUUUAAGGAAAUCAUCGAACCUAAAUUACAAGACUUGGCUAAGAACUUUGAUGAAUUGGAAACAAGCACCAAGGAAAAGGGAGCUCUUCUAUUUGACGCCAAGCGCGAAGUUAUCGUACAACAGAGCGUUGAUGACAUCGAUUCGUGGAUGGAUGAUCUCGAAAAGCAGAUCGUCAACACCGACACCGGUAAUGAUUUAACUUCGGUGAACAUCUUGAUGCAGAAACAACAUGUUAUUCAAACUCAGAUGGCUGUUAAGGCUCGUCAGGUUGAAGAACUGGAGAAACAAACGGAAGUGUUGACGAAAACUGCUCCUUCGGAUGUACUCGAACCAAUCGUGGAAAAGAAGACAGCAGUAAAUGCACGUUUCGAAAAAAUCAAGGCUCCGUUGCUAGAACGCCAACGACAGUUGGAAAAGAAGAAGGAAGCCUUCCAGUUCAGACGCGACGUCGAGGAUGAAAAAUUGUGGAUCGAUGAGAAAAUACCUUUGGCCAACUCUCAGGAAUACGGUAACUCAUUGUUCAAUGUGCACGUACUGAAGAAAAAGCACCAGUCUUUGAAUACUGAAAUCGAUAAUCAUGAACCGCGAAUUAUGACCAUUUGCAACAACGGACAGAAACUCAUUGACGAAGGCCAUGAAGAUGCUUCCCAGUAUGCUGAUCUUAUCAGCCAACUAACUCAAAAGUGGCAAGAACUCAAAGAUGCGAUCGAGAAUCGUCACAAGCAGCUGGAUCAGUCAGAAAAGGUUCAGCAGUACUUCUUCGAUGCCGCAGAGGCUGAAUCGUGGAUGAGUGAACAGGAGUUAUACAUGAUGGUAGAGGAUCGUGGAAAGGAUGAAAUUUCAGCACAGAAUCUAAUGAAAAGUCACGAAACCUUGGAACAAUCGGUGGAAGAUUACGCUGAUACCAUUCGGCAACUUGGUGAAACUGCACGUCAACUUACCGCCGAACAACAUGCCUACAGCGAUCAGGUUUCCGUUAAACAGUCACAACUUGAUAAGCUGUAUGCUGGUUUGAAAGAUCUGGCCGGCGAAAGACGAGCUCGUCUUGACGAAGCGUUGCAACUAUUUAUGUUGAAUCGCGAGGUUGAUGAUUUGGAACAAUGGAUCGCUGAACGCGAACUGGUUGCUGGUUCUCAUGAAUUGGGUCAAGAUUAUGAUCAUAUCACUUUGCUUUGGGAACGGUUUAACGAGUUUGCUCAGGAUACGGCAGCCGUUGGAAGUGAGCGCGUAGCCAAAGCAAAUGGCAUUGCCGAUGAUCUUAUCCAUGCUGGCCAUUCGGACAGUGCAACGAUAGCUGAAUGGAAGGAUGGUUUGAAUGAAUCUUGGCAAGAUUUGCUUGAACUGAUCGAAACUCGAAAGGCUAUGCUGGCUGCUUCCCGGGAGUUGCACAAAUUCUUCCACGAUUGCAAAGAUGUUCUCGGUCGAAUCAUCGAACGUCAACAUGGAGUUUCAGACGAAUUGGGCCGUGAUGCUGGGUCUGUUUCGGCCUUACAGCGCAAACAUCAGAACUUUAUUCAGGAUUUGAUGACUCUUCAUUCGCAAGUUCAACAAAUCCAAGAAGAAUCGGCCAAAUUGCAGGCAGCGUACGCCGGAGAAAAAGCAAGAGAAAUCACAAAUCGUGAACAUGAAGUGCUUGCUGCCUGGUCCAAUUUGCAAGGAAUGUGUGAUGCCAGAAAGAACAAGUUAGCCGAUACUGGAGAUUUGUUCAAAUUCUUCAACAUGGUUCGAACACUAAUGCUGUGGAUGGAAGAUGUUGUACGACAGAUGAACACUUCUGAGAAACCUCGUGAUGUUUCCGGUGUUGAGUUACUCAUGAACAAUCAUCAAAGUUUGAAGGCGGAAAUCGAUACUCGGGAAGAUAACUUCUCGGCCUGUCUAGCACUCGGAAAGGAACUUUUGGCAAGAAAUCACUAUGCUUCGUCCGAUAUCAAGGAGCGAUUACUGCAGUUGACGAAUAGCAGAAACGCUUUACUGCACCGGUGGGAAGAACGUUGGGAGAAUUUACAGCUGAUUCUUGAAGUGUACCAAUUUGCACGAGAUGCAGCUGUAGCGGAAGCUUGGCUUAUUGCACAAGAACCUUACCUAAUGUCAACCGAACUCGGCCACACCAUAGACGAGGUUGAAAACCUUAUCAAGAAACAUGAGGCCUUCGAAAAAUCGGCAGCCGCACAAGAAGAACGUUUCAGUGCUUUAGAGCGAUUAACUACGUUUGAGCUCAAAGAAAUGAAACGUCGCCAGGAAGCCGCAGAAGAAGCAGAACGCCAGCGUCUUCAAGCAGAAGCUGAUGCCAAGGCAGCAGCUGAAGCAGAAGCCGAAGCAGCACGACAGGCGGAAGCGGCAGCUCGUGAUACUGCCGAUGCUCCAGGCUCACCACAUUCCACUAAGGAACAAGAAUCAGAUCGUCCAAGUCCAGGUGGAACUGACGAAGGCACACAGGAAGGAAUACUCACCAGGAAGCAUGAAUGGGAGUCAACCACUAAGAAAGCAUCCAACAGGUCGUGGGAUAAGGUGUUCUGUUCGGCACGUAGCGGCCGGUUGACCUUCUUCAAGGACCAAAAAACGUCCAAGGCUGUUCCAGAACAGACCUUCCGUGGAGAGCCUCCACUAGAGCUCAAGGGAGCUUCGAUCGAAAUCGCUACUGAUUACACUAAGAAGAAACAUGUGUUCAGAAUAAAGUUAUCAAACGGUGGAGAAUUCCUGCUGCAGUGUCAUGACGAUGCCGAAAUGAAUCAAUGGGUAACUGCUUUGAAAGCCCAGUGUGAGCUUGACGCAAGCGGUGAAGGCCGUUCUUUAACGUUGCCUGCAUCAUCACAGAAAGAUGAACAAAAGAGACGGUCAUUCUUUACACUGAAGAAAAAGUAAAUUGGAUUUUACUACUUUUCUUCUCCCCCUAUCCCCUCUUUGACAGACUUUGUAAACACACCCACUAAAAUUGAACACGUGCAAUUUUUCACUACUAGUCACAUUUUUCUAAUUUCCUACUAGGUAGUUCUAUUCAAAAUCACAAUAAUACGAACAAUCUCUACACGUACAGUAAGCAAUCCACACACAUACACACUUUAGAUCCUUUUCACUUUCAUAUUACAAGACACGCAAAAUUUGAAAAAUGACCGUCCGGAAUUCGGAACCUUCAUUUCCAUUCAUAUCACUGCGUGUGUACCACCUUUGAAACAUUACUGUGUUCUUCUUCCAUAUACGUGUGUGUGUGUGUAAAUGUGCAUUCACAACAAUGUUGUGGACAUUUCGUGUAACAUUUUCCUCCAUGUUUCAACAUCAUUCAAUUCAGAACAAAAAACACCAAGUUUCACAUUGCUCUGGCUUUCACGCUUAAGCUAAGUAGCAAAUAAUUUAUGAGUUAAAUGUAUAUUCUUCAGUACGUAUGUUUUGAGAUUUUUUCGUUACUGGUACCGGGUUUGUUUAACUUUACCUUUUUUUUUGUUUAAAUUAGGAUUCUAUCCGGUGUCCUGUGUUUUGUCAUUCGAAAAACUUUCAUAGUUUUUAAUUCACUUUUUAGAAGUCUUUUUUAUUUGGUUUGUUUAAAAAUCCUCUAGUAAACGUUUACGUGUUUCAUCUAUUAACUAUAUUUCAGUUUCAACUAUCACCAUCAUCGGUUUCGUUCUUUUGCGUUUAUUGGUAUUCAUUCUUAAUAAAUGCUUUUGAAAUGUUUUCUUUCAGAAAGCGAUUGCAUGUGUUUUAGUUUUUUUUAUUCCAUAGGUGAACAGCUUUAGAAUAAUUGGCAACUUGGUGUUACACUCUCUAUUUCAGAUCUAAAUGCGCAAGUGUAUUUCUAGUUCUUCACGCAUAACUAACUUUUUUUUAAAAGGCAAUUUUCCUUGUAGUUUCAUUAAAAAUUUGGUGCUAUUACUCUAUUUUAACUCAUUGCAUAAAUAUUAUAAAAUGGAAAAACAUUAGAAAAAAAUGAGAGUUAAACAUUGUUUGUUUCAAUUUAACAUUUACUGUAACCCGUAUUUUUUAAAUUCCCGAUAGAGAAUGUGUUUUAUUAUAUGUUCACAAAACUAUUCGAAAGCGUUCAGACAUUUCAUUCCAGUGGUGCUCAAUUAAAAUAUACUUAAGCUUUUUCUUUUCCAAUUAUAUUCAACGCUUAACGUUCAGUUUUGUUCUGAAUCGGAUGAGGAUGUAGAAAUGCGCUUGCGCUUACAAAAAACUUUUUCUAAUGGAUGAGUGAAUUAUAAAAGUGUAACCGAUAUCAAAAUUUACUGAGCUAACCAACAUGUUUAUCUAUUUUCUCUUUCCUCAUUUUCUUAUUUUUUUAUUUACAGUUAAAAUCUUUACGAAAACAUACAUGAACCAAUAUCGACACACCCUAAGCAAAAGAUUGAAGAAAUACGUCAACAACAACAUCAAACAAGAAAAGUCUGUACUAAACCCAAUUGGACAACCUUCUUCUGUUUUUAAUCAAUUAGUUAUUUGUUAAUAUUUUAAGUACGUACUGUUUUUGUGAAAAACCAAGUACCUAGAUGCAGCUACAUUUUUAUAUACGAAAUGGCAAAAUUGAAAUCUAUCUUCAGCGGUCACUCAUCUGUUGACUAACACACUUCAACACAUCUCUGUGUCUUUUGAAAAAUAAACCAAUAAAAGUUUUAAAUGGCAAAUUAGUAGCCUAAUAUAUUCUCUAUAAGUCAGGAAGCAACUAACGAAUAGGCAUUUAAUAGUUACAGCUUAGUCCAGUGAUUAACAAACAGAAACAUAGAAGCACAUAAUUCAAGGAGACAAAAACAAACAUAAUAGCACACCAAAACCUUUGUUAUGAACACGGAUUUUCACGGGCUAAUUAAAAAAUCUUGGUUUGGAGAGAAUGCAAUUGCCAACAUACAUCCACGAUAUAUGGACUACGAUCAUCAGUAAAGGUUCAUCGAAACAUUCUUAUACCUAUCACCUUAGCUUUCGCGCAAAUCAGAACAGCGCAUGUACACAUUAAUAAGGAAAGUAUUAGUCUUCUAGCAGCAAAAGUUGAAAUUUUACAUACCUUAUAAGAUUUGUCGUUGUCGAAUGUUAGGAACUUAAGAUGAGAAACUCCGCUAAAGCUGAUUUGGAACCAAAUAUGAGGAAAUUAAACAUGAAAACAAAAUUGACGAAUCCUUAAACGAGAUAAGUACUUUUAAUUGAUGAAAAUAUGUGUAUAGGUAAAAACAACGUAAGUAUUCUGACGUAAUGAACGCCAUUUAUUUAACUCUAUAAAACAAUCGACAAAUGUAAAACGAAUACAAACGAGAAUAUAAUUUCCGAAUAUAUUGAACCUUACGGUUUCGUUAGUGUAUCAACCGAAAAAUAAAACAGCUAGGGCACACAUCUUAGGUCUUCGGUUUCGUUUCGCAAGAAAAGAAACAUUGAAGAGGACGAAAGCGGUGAACUUUUCCUUCCCUCGUCUUAUGUUGUAGUUUGAAGUGUCAAGUGUAUGCAGACGUCUUGGAGAUAUUCCGAAACCUAGUGGCUUUUUUUAGUAAUCGGAUAUCCGGAAAAAAAUGUCAUAAACCUGUGCGCAAAAGAUUUCUUUAUGUUCAGUAAUAAACAAGUCCAAGAGAUCGGUGUAAUUUUGGCUCGAUUAAAUAGGUCACAGAAAAGAAAUUUUCAUUGAUGUUUUAGUUUUGAGAGAUAAAUGGGAGGCGUUAAUCAUUGUCUAAAACAACAUAUGGUUGAUUCUCUUUCAAAAUUCGCAAACGAGAUAUUACUCUGAGUUCGUAAAAUAAUUAUGCUAUAUUCGAAAUCAUACGGGAGUUUAUUAAGAGUAUCAAAAGCAUGUUGUUUUUUAAAAAAGCAAAAGUCAGAUACAAGUGUUUUCUGGCAAAAAGUCUUGUUUCAAAAUCUAUCAGAUUUAGGAUUGGGACUAUACUUGACCGCUUUCUCGUGAAAGGCAUUGGCAUUAUCUCGAUGUGUGCUUUCAGACGGUGUGCAGCUACAGCAAAUAUGAGAUGAAACAAUCGAUAUUUCAUACUCGUUUUAAACAAUAUCAGCCAACAACAAGCACAGCACAAAAUCGAAACCAAGUGACAAAAUCCGGUAGUUUCUAUCUAGAUUUUUUUUAUCUAACACACAUAAUUAUCCCCCCAAAAAGGCGAAGAGAGGCAGUUUGAUUGGGUUUUUUCAUCAGAUUAUCAAUGAUUGAUACUGUAUUAGUAUCUCUAUCCUAUCCAUUUUUUUCCAGUUCUGAUACAAGCAAAAGGUAUAACAAAAUAUAAAUAGAGAAAAUGGCUUUGCAAUUUUUUGUCAAGCUUCCAUAUUUUAUUUCGUCUAUUAGAUCGUAAGGCUUAUUGAAAGUAAAAAAAGAAAGAAGGCAUCUAUUUGUCUUUGCAUAAAUGUAGUUGAUAAAUAGACCGAUACGAUUUUCCAAAACGAUUAAUUGGCAUCUCUUUGAAUAAGUACAGACCUUGUUGAGAAGAUCCUGGAAAACCCGGCACACCAAUAGCUUACGUAUCGGUCAUUUAUUGUUAAUAUAAGAAAAAACAAAAAAAAAAUAAAAUGUAAUUGCAAUAUUAUAAAAGCAAACAAUUUGAAAAUUUCAACUUUCGCAAAAAAUCAAUUAUUUGAUAACGAAAAGUAAUGUUAGUUUGUUUAUUUUAAGAAUAUGGCAUAUUAUUUAUUUUAAAAUCUUCUAAAUUAAUGUGUACGUUAGAGAGAAAGAAAAAAAUAUUAAAAUCAGAAGCAUUAAUAUAUUAUUAUCUAGACCUCUAUGUAAGAGCAGAUUUGUUUUUAUACAAAAUAUAUUAAAAUCAAUCAAGUAUAUUUUUGAACUGCCAGCUUGUGAGUAGAAUACAAAAUAAAAGAAAAUAUUUCAACUAUUAUUACAAUUUGUUUCACUUCGGCGAGAAAAAGAACGACACGCUCUAGUAAACCACACAUACACACGCUAAAAUAUAAAUCAAAUUUAUCAAAAAUAUAUAUUACGAACUAUUAUAAUAAAUAAAUCGAAAUCAAACAAUUUGAAAUGCAUGAAUCGCAUCAAGCUGAGAAAGUGCACUUGGAAUGGAAAAAUGGGAUGAGCUAGAAGCUAAACAUUAAACAAGAAACUGCAAAAAAUCGUAUAUUUGUGUGUAGUCGUAAAAUUGAACAUCCAAAAAAUGAAAUAUUGAAAAUUUACGGAUUGGCAUUUCUUCAAGUAGCUAAAAAAAAUAAAUUUAAUAAAACUAAGAACAUGUGAUUAAAGGGUACAAAGAGAUAUCAUUUCAAUUGGCCAGUACAAAACGACAACUUUCUCAACAGGCGAAUGGAAGUUAUUUUUUUUCUGUUCCAAUUCGAUGCACGGAACCGUAACAUUGGAGGCGGUCAAUACCAAUAGUGAUCUAAAAAUGCAAAAACUCAAAUAAGCAGAAUGCUUGUAGUACAUCCAAUUUUUCGCUAUUUGCAGUUUCCCUUGGAAGAAAAUCACACCAGACACACGAGAAAGUAAAUGAAGCCGUGGAAAAACUAUUGGAAAACAAAUCUAUUGUAAUAAGAUUUAAAGAUAUAUUUACAUCCUGCAAUUUUACUUUAUUUUGUAGAAUCCAGUAAGUCGAAGCAAGAAUGUAAAAAGCUACUUCUAGUGUUGAUGGUGGAGACGCGUGAAAAAAAAAACACUCAUUGGAGGAUAUUAUAAAGAAGCAAACGCAAAAAUCAAUAUUUAAUUGUUAUUAACAAGAAAAGGCUACUUUGAAAAUUUCAGAAUAAAACGAAAGGUAUAAAUAUAA